AUGUUGCCACGGGUCGUCGUCACCGGCAUUGGUGCGGUCACGCCCGUGGGCACCGAUCGCGAGCAGACCUGGACGGAAUUGCUCGCCGGGCGCAGCGGCUUCAGCCAAGUCGAGUCGUUCGAUACCAGCAAGUACACCGUCGAUCUAGGCGCCGAGAUUCAGAAUUUCGAUCCGGCCCCAGCACUGCGCCGGCUGGCGCCUUCGACCGUUGGCCGGGCCUCGCAAUUGGCCAUCAGCGCCGCUCAUGAGGCGGUCGCCGAUGCCGGCCUCGAUGGCGCCAGCCUCGACCCCCACCGAGCAGGAGUGGUGAUGGGCACCACCUCUGGCGAGCCCCGCGAAGUAGAACACUUCAACGACCGCAUGAUGUCCGAGGAACUCGGCGAGCUCGGCCCUCGCUUCGCCAGCGCCUACCCGUGCCACGUGAUUGCCGGGCAGGUGGCCGCCGAGGUCGGCUUCGGCGGUGUCAACGCGAUGAUCCCGGCUGCCUGCGCGGCCGGUAACUACGCCAUGGCCUAUGCUUUCGAUGUGCUCCGUGCGGGCCGCGCCGAGAUCAUGUUGGCUGGCGGCGCGGACUCGUUCUCGCGCAUUACCUACACCGGCUUUGCUCGCCUGGGGGCAAUCGCACCGCGCAUUUGCCAGCCUUUUGAUCGGAAUCGUAAAGGCAUGAUUCCCGGUGAGGGGGCGGCCGUGCUGGUGCUCGAAACCCUCGAAGGAGCUCGACGCCGCGGCGCACGGAUCUACGCCGAGAUGGCCGGUUUUGGGCUGUCUUGCGACGCCCAUCACAUGACCGCCGCCCACCCUGAGGGUGACGGUGCCGCCCGCGCUAUGGAGCAAGCCCUGUCUAGUAGUGGAAUUGCAGCUGCAGAGGUCGGCUACGUCAGCGCCCAUGGCACCGGCACGCCGACCAACGACCGGCUCGAGACUCUGGCAGUGCAGCGGGUCUUUGGCGAGCACACCAAGCGGGUACCGAUGAGUUCGGUGAAGUCGAUGAUCGGCCACACCAUGGGCGCGGCUUCGGCGAUCGAGAGCGCCAUCUGCUGCCUGGCGAUCGAGCAGAGCGCGAUCCCGCCAACAAUGAACUUCGAAGAGCCGGACCCGCAGUGCGAGCUCGAUUGCGUGCCCAACGAGGCUCGCCAGCUCGAGGUCGAGGUGGCGAUGAACAACGCCUAUGCUUUUGGCGGUAACAACGCCUCGGUGCUCUUCAAGCGGUGUGCCACAUGA